AUCAUUAUGUGUCAUAUCGUGCCAAGCUCUGUGAGCUUUUGCUUCAAAUUGCCUCAGCCACUUCCAGGUGAACGACAAGCUCAAGACUUCGUUCUUCAGCAGGCAGAAGAUGACCGACUGUGAGUUUGGAUAUAUUCACAUGCUGGCCCAGGACUACCUGAAGUACGUCCUGCAGAUACCACAACCUGGAUCUGGUCCAAGCAAAACAUCCAGAGUGUUACAAGACAUUGCUUUCUCAGUUCAAAAUGAAGUAGAGAAGAAUUUGAAACCAUGCUUGGACAAUUUUCAUGUUGUGUCCAUAGAUGCUGCCAGAACAAUAUUCAAUCAAGUGAUGGAAAAGCAAUUUGAAGAUGGCAUCAUUAACUGGGGAAGAAUUAUGACCAUAUUUGCAUUUGAAGGUAUUCUCAUCAAGAAACUUCUACCAGAGCGAAUUGCCCCAGAUGUGGAUACUUACAAGGAGAUUUCUUACUUUGUUGCUGAGUUCAUAACGAAAAACACAGGAGAAUGGAUAAGGCAAAAUGGAGGCUGGGAAAAUGGCUUUGUAAAGAAGUUUGAACCCAAAUCUGGCUGGCUGACUUUUCUGGAAGUUACUGGAAAGAUGUGUGAAAUACUUUUCCUGAAGCAAUACUAUUGACCAAAAAGACACUCUAUAUUGUGAAACCUGCCUAAUUUUCUUGACUCUUACAAGAAGUACUGCCAACACUUACUUCUAAACAAACAGUUUGAUGAUGUAAUGACAUUCCAGAGUUACCGAA